UCUCUGCACCAGCCAGCGGCACCCACUCUGUGAAUUUUCAAUAUCGCCUAAGGCAGCCCUCUGCCAGGAGGCUUGGCCUCCCUAGGUGGUCCAAGCUUUCUCCCGAAGUCCCAGAUAUUUUAAAAAUGUGUGCUGUGAUGCUAAAUCUGCACAGGUUCUGAGGUGUCUACCUUUAAACUCAUCUCUCCCAUAAGCAAUGCUAGUUUUCGUCCCAUUUUGCAGAUGUGUAGGUUGUGAUGUAGCAGGAGUGCUUGAGUGUUUGCUGCCCAGGCCUUAGCUUCUGUUAAUAAGCGUGCCUCUGCCAGCUGCGUGGCCCCUGCCCUCGUGGGGCAGGAAUGUUGACAGCCUUUGUGAUUGCAGGUGCUCCAGGAGAGAGGACCACACCCAGCACCUUGCCUGCAGACACAGCUUCCCCACCAGUAACCACUCUCAGACCUGCACACAGCAGCCCUGCUGCCUCACCUCCACGCACCUCCAACUCGACCACCCAAGAUGUGGCCUCAGAUGAGCUCAAGUCAACCCUUGCACCAUCCUCUCUGGUCACUGCAACAAGCACUAUCUCUACAACUGCUCCCACAGCAAUAGCUCCUACUACUGCACCGAAGCCACCCUGUGGAGAGUACUAUAAAGAUAUCUCUGUGCACUACUCUCACCAAGACACAGGCAUAUACACCGCAGAGCUUAGUGUUGGUGGAGCGGAAUGUAACUCUCCUGGGUGUGAAAAGCAGCACAAGAGCCUCCAGGCCUGUGAGAAGAAGACCAUCAAUAUAUCAGCUCCUUCAUGCUCUCCUCCAUACGAGUAUGUAUUGGAGGUACCACCAGAUCCUCAGGAUUUUAUGCUGAAUGAGUGUGUAAAGCCUGAAGAUGCAAAUACUUCUCUUUGUUUACGUUGGGAAAUGAAGAAAAAUCUUACUUGUGAUCAAAAGAAUAUUACAUAUGAAUUUAAAUGUGGUGAAGCUUCUCAACGUAAUGAAAAGAGCAGAUUUGAAAUGUCAGCGCUUACUCCCAAACAGACUUAUCUUUGUAGUUCACAUGUAUUCUAUAAUAACCAAAGUUUUACUAGCCGAGAAAAAAAUAUUACAACAGAUUAUGGAGAUCCAGGAAGCCCUCAGAAUAUUAGUUGUCAUCACAAAACGGCACAUGAAGCACAGAUUACCUGGGGACCGCCUCCAAAGUUUUUUAAUAAAUUCAUUCUUUGUUGGAAUGAUUCAGGUUCAGUACGCCACACUCUGGAAAAAAACAUUACCACAUACAACCUGACAAAUCUGAAACCUUAUACACGUUAUAAAAUAGAAUUACGUGCCUCCGUCGAGGGAAAAGUGGAGCGUAAGGGAGAUGUGACAACAUGUACACUUCAGACAGAAGCAACAAAUGCAAGUGAGGUCAGGAACUUACGUGUUUCAAAUAAGAAGGAUAAUGAAAUGACUGUGACGUGUGACCUUCCUGAGCACUUGAAUGGCCCCAAAGAAGGGUACUACCAUUUGGAAAUCAAAAUUGGACUUAACACUGUUGACAAGCAAGAAAAGAAAACCUGCAAUUUCGUUCUAAACGGUCUUCAGUAUUUAACAAACUAUACAUUUCUGGUCUAUUUUGACAAUGGGAUGCGUGGUCUUCCAAACAGUAUUUCAGAAGCAACAUCUUAUAAUUAUAAUGCGCUGAUCAUAUUUCUGUCAUUUCUUAUUGUUGUGACAUCAAUAGCCCUGCUUGUUGUUCUCUAUAAAAUCUAUGACCUGCAUAAGAAAAGAUCCAGCAAUUUAGAUGAACAGCAGGAACUUGUUGAAAGGGAUGAUGAGAAGCAGCUGAUGAACGUGGAGCCCAUCCAUGCAGAUGUUUUGUUGGAAACUUACAAGAGGAAGAUCGCAGAUGAAGGGAGGCUCUUCCUGGCUGAAUUUCAGAGCAUUCCACGGGUGUUCGGCAAGUUCUCCAUCAAGGAUGCUAGGAAACCCUUCAACCAGAAUAAAAACCGCUACGUUGACAUCCUUCCUUAUGAUUAUAACCGUGUUGAACUGUCUGACAUAAAUGGAGAUGCAGGGUCAAACUAUAUCAAUGCCAGCUAUAUUGAUGGUUUCAAAGAACCCAGGAAAUACAUUGCUGCACAAGGGCCCAGGGAUGAAACCGUUGAUGAUUUCUGGAGGAUGAUCUGGGAACAGAAGGCCACGGUGAUUGUCAUGGUCACUCGAUGUGAGGAAGGGAACAAGAACAAGUGUGCAUUAUACUGGCCAUCGAUGGAAGAGGGCAGCCGGGUUUUUGGAGAUGUGAUUGUGGAGAUCAAUGAGCACAAAAGAUGCCCGGAUUACAUCAUUCAGAAGCUGACCAUUACAAAUAGAAAAGAAAAAUCAACUGGGAGAACAGUGACCCACAUUCAGUUCACCAGCUGGCCAGACCACGGGGUCCCUGAGGACCCUCACCUGCUCCUCAAGCUGCGCAGAAGAGUGAACGCUUUCAGCAACUUCUUCAGUGGCCCCAUUGUGGUGCACUGCAGUGCUGGUGUUGGACGCACAGGCACCUAUAUUGGAAUUGAUGCCAUGCUAGAAGGCCUGGAGGCAGAGAACAAGGUGGAUGUCUAUGGCUAUGUUGUCAAGCUGAGGCGACAGAGGUGCCUGAUGGUUCAGGUGGAGGCACAGUACAUCUUGAUCCAUCAGGCCUUGGUGGAGUACAAUCAGUUCGGGGAAACAGAAGUGAGCUUGUCUGAGCUACAUCCGUACCUGUCUAAUAUCAAGAAAAGAGAUCCACCCAGUGAGCCAUCCCCACUGGAGGCUGAAUUCCAGAGACUUCCUUCUUAUAGAAGCUGGAGGACACAGCACAUUGGGAAUCAAGAAGAAAAUAAGAGUAAAAACAGGAAUUCUAACGUCAUUCCAUAUGACUUUAACAGAGUGACCCUGAAGCACGAACUGGAAAUGAGCAAGGAGAGUGACCACGACUCGGAUGAGUCCUCUGACGAUGACAGUGACACGGAGGAGACCAGCAAAUACAUCAACGCCUCCUUUGUCAUGAGUUAUUGGAAGCCUGAAGUGAUGAUUGCAGCUCAGGGACCACUGAAAGAGACUAUCGGUGACUUCUGGCAGAUGGUAUUCCAAAGAAAAGUCAAGGUGAUCGUUAUGCUGACAGAGCUAAAGAACGGAGACCAGGAAGCCUGCGCGCAGUACUGGGAGGAAGGAACGCAAACACAUGGAGAAGUGGAAGUGCACAUGAUGGACACCAACCAAUCUUCAGCCUACACCAUCCGUGCAUUUGAACUGAGACAUUCCAAGAGGAAAGAUCCACGAACUGUGUACCAGUACCAAUUUAAUAACUGGAAUGGGGAAGAGCUGCCCCCGGAACCCAAAGAAUUAAUCUUGAUGAUUCAGAAUCUCAAGCAGAAACUUCCCAAGAAGAAUUCCACCGAAGGGAAUAAGUAUCACAAGCACGCACCUCUCCUUGUUCACUGCAGAGAUGGAUCUCAGCAAACAGGGAUAUUUUGUGCUUUGUUAAAUCUCUUGGAAAGUGCAGAAACAGAAGAAGUGAUAGAUGUUUUUCAAGCAGUCAAAUCUCUACGCAAAGCUAGGCCGGGAAUGAUUCCCACGUUUGAGCAGUACCAAUUCCUGUAUGACGUCAUUGCUAGCACCUACCCUGCGCAGAACGGACAGGUAAAGAAAAACAGCCACCAGGAAGAUAAAAUUGAAUUUGAUAAUGAAGUGGACAAAGGGGAGCAGGAUGCUAAUUGCGUGAGUCCACCUGAUGCCCUGGAUAAGACCCCUGAAGGAACCCAAGAGGGUGAAGAUUCCAAACCCCCGAGUGGCCCUGAGGGCCCGGAACGUCCCGCCAAUGGUCCCGCGAGUCCAGUUUUAACUCAGAGUGCAUAGGAAAAGACAAACAUAGAGCAACUCAAAACCCCACAUUAAAUUUUAUUUCUAUUUUUCUAGAACUAAAAAGGCAAAAUAGAUAUACAAUGGCUGAACGAAGUGCAUGGACCAGUAUCUGUGGGAAGUUUCUAUUUUACAACUGUAGAAAAAUAUUUAAGACAGUUUUGCUGAAGCAUUUUGUACAGUCUUAGGCUUAUUUUGUUUUAUCCAUCAUUCAGCAAAAAACAACUUCUUUGUAGUCUUUGUGUGUGUGUGUGUGUGUGUGUGUGUGUGACAGAGUGACAGAGACAGACAGACAGAAACGAGAGAGAGAAAGAGGAUGCUUUCAAGUAAAUCUAAAUGCUCUUGAGAAAUUUUGCCUUCUUGGAUUUUUUUUUUUUUUUGAAGAAAAAUAACAUUUUAUACUGGAAAUAUUAACUUUGCUCAAAGAUUCUAUUUUUUUAAAUCAUAAUUGGUGUGUGGGCUCUGUGUGAGAAUAACUUGUAUGUUUCUAGAAUGCCCUCAAGAUGGCCUCCUUGUUCUACUGAAAUAUAUCUUAUAGUUUACUCUUUUACUUCUAGAGAUAGGCAUAAAAGUAGUGUGUGUGUAUAGUUACUACAAGAAAGUUAACUCAAUUAACAUUUGGAAAUCUUAUAUUCCAUAUGUUAGCAUUUAGUGUGAUGUUUCAAGCUUAUUUAAUCUAAUUUAAAAUUUCAAGAACGCCGACCUUAUCUUCAUGUGGUGUUUACAGUUUUGCAACAUGGGUUAUCCUCUGUAUAAUAUAUGACAUUCAUUGCUUGAUACUUUUGACCCCAAAUUAUGUGUUUGUUACAAUUGAGCUUAAAUAAACAUCUUUAAACAAGUGCAAUUUAUAUUCAAUCCUUAGAACAAAAAUGGAGAUGUAUUUGUUCCAAAUACAUAUGAAGCCUAACGUAGCUAUUUUUAUUGAUAUGAGAUAUAUAAUAUUGCAUAUGCAUAUUUUUCAUGGUAAAGUUUGUCCUCGUCUUUCACUGAAGUGUGUUUACUUUGAAUUUCUCAAAUGUUUAUACUGCUUUCACUGGGGGUUGACAA